GAGCGGGGGCUGCGCUGCGCCCCCCUUAAAGCCCCCUUUUGGGGCUCUCCUCCAGCAGCCGGCUCCAGCCCGGGGCCGGGGCCGCGCCCGCCCGCCCCGGAGGCGGCUUUAAGAGCGGGGGCGGCGGCGGGGGGGGGGGUUCUCGGGGCCUCCUGCGGAGCCUCCGAGCGGCCGCGGGGGCUCUGCGCGGCUUUUGCGCGGGGCGCGCACGGGCGGCGGAGGCGGCGGCGGGGCUCGGGGGCGCGGAGAGGAGCGGAGGGGAGCGGAAAAGAGCGGAGGGGAAGGGAGAGGAGCGGAGGGGAAGGGAGAGGAGCGGAGGGGAAGGGAGAAAAGAGCGGAGGAGGGCUCAGCCCCUCGGCCCUGCCCCGGCCGCGGCCCCCGGCGGGGCGCUGCGGGUGUGCAUGGCCCUGCGCGGGUGGCGAUGGCUGCGUGAUGGCCCAGCGCGGGCAGCCCGCCCCGCACGCCAUGGCUGCCAAAGAGGAGCUGUACAGCAAAGUCAUCCCCCGGCGGAACCGGCAGCACCGCGCGGGGACCAUCAAACAUGGCUCGUCGCUGGAGAUCCUGCUCUCCAUGGGCUUCCCCAAAGCCCGGGCACAAAAAGCACUGGCAUCAACAGGUGGACGAAGCGUUCAAGCAGCAUGCGACUGGUUGGCUGUUCUCCCAUGUGGGUGACCCAUUCCUCGAUGACACCCUGCCCCGGGAGUACGUCCUCUACCUGCGCCCCACCGGCCCCCUGGCUCAGAAGCUCUCCGAGUUCUGGCAGCAGUCAAAGCAGAUCUGUGGGAAGAACAAAGCUCACAACAUUUUCCCACAUAUCACCCUCUGCCAGUUCUUUAUGUGCGAGGACAGCAAGGUCGAUGCUCUCACUGAAGCUCUGCAGGCCACCGUGAUGCGGUGGAAGUGCAAAUUCCCUGCCCCUCUGCCUCUGGAGCUCUACACGUCCUCGAACUUCAUCGGGCUUUUCGUCAAGGAAGAAAGUGCUGAGGUGCUCAAGAAGUUUGCUGCAGACUUCGCUGCAGAGGCAGCCUCCAAAGCAGAUGUUCACGUGGAGCCCCACAAGAAGCAGCUCCACGUGACGCUGGCCUACCACUUCCAAACCAGCCACCUGCCCACGCUGGAGAAGCUGGCACAGAACAUCGACGUCAAGCUGGGCUGCGACUGGGUCGCCGCGAUUUUCUCCCGAGACAUACGCUUUGUGAAUCACGAGACUCUGCAAGUGAUCUAUCCUUACACACCCCAGAACGAUGAUGAACUCGAGCUGGUCCCAGGGGACUUCAUUUUCAUGUCACCAGUGGAACAAACCAGUACAAGUGAGGGCUGGAUUUAUGGCAUUUCCCUUGCAACUGGCUGCUCUGGGCUGCUGCCCGAAAAUUACAUCACGAAGGCGGAUGAAUGUGGGACCUGGGUGUUUCAUGGGUCUUACUCGAUUCUGAAUACUACAUCUUCCCCAUCCCUUCAAGCUUUCAGCGACGGAGCUCUGGAGAGAAGGCCGCAGGAAGACCAGGGGCCUGGGGACACGGGGCCACUCACCAUCAUCUGCCAGAACGUGCAGCCGCUGAGAAUAAGCAGUCAGCCAGGGCCUCAGAAGCGCUGCCUUUUUGUCUGCAGACACGGGGAAAGAAUGGAUGUCGUUUUUGGGAAGUACUGGUUGUCACAGUGCUUUGAUGCCAAAGGAAGGUACAUGCGUAGUAACCUGAAUAUGCCUCACAGCUUACCUCAAAGAAGCGGCGGUUUCAGGGAUUAUGAAAAAGACGCGCCCAUCACCGUGCUGGGCUGCAUGCAGGCAAGGCUUGUUGGUGAAGCCUUGCUAGAAACUAAUACCAUUGUAGACUACAUCUACAGCUCCCCGUCCCUCCGGUGUGUGCAGACAGCACACAACAUCUUGAAAGGUAUGCAACAAGAGAACAACCUGAAAAUUCGAAUAGAGCCGGGCUUGUUUGAAUGGACCAAGUGGGUCUCUGGGAACACACUACCUGCUUGGAUACCCCCCAUGGACUUAGCUGCAGCUACUCUAAGCGUUGAUACAACCUACAGACCUCAUAUUCCCGUCAGCAAGUUGGUGGUUUCUGAAUCUUAUGAUACGUACAUAAGUAGAAGCUACCAAGUAACAAAAGAAAUCAUCAGUGAAUGUAAAGGCAAAGGGAAUAACAUCCUGAUAGUGGCACACGCGUCCUCCCUGGAGGCCUGUACCUGCCAGCUCCAAGGGCUCUCGCCGCAGAACUCCAAGGACUUUGUACAGAUGGUCCGAAAGAUUCCCUACUUGGGGUUUUGUUCAUGCGAAGAACUAGGGGAUACAGGUGUUUGGCAGCUUACAGACCCCCCCAUCCUCCCUCUCACACAUGGACCAACUGGAGGCUUUAACUGGAGAGAAACCUUACUACAGGAAUAGGAAAACCCACGGCCUUUCUAAGCGUCGGAGAAUGUCUCUUCGUUCUUGUGUUUAUUGACAGUGGAGUAGUCCUACCAUGUUACGUGGAUCACACAAACAGCUCGUCUAGCAUAUCUCUUACACGGCCAGAGUCACGCAAAAAUGCUCGUAUACAACUAGGCAAAUGCAAAAGGGACUGAUUUGGAGAAAAAAAUAUUAAAAUAUAGGUUGAACCUCUUGCACUGCAGGGAAUCUCUGUUCAGUGAGUUGCUCGGGUAAGUUUUCCCACCUUGAAUGGAGCUCUGUUAACACCAGUACCAUGUACUGCCUUCUGCACCCUGCUAGUAACAACUAGCACUGUGUGAAAGGCGAGCAUUCAGGAUGUGUUUGGGUUUUUUUUCGUUGCUAUUUUUUGCAAAGCAUUAGCAGGCUUGCUCAGGACCACGUGUUGACACCCUCCUCGCUCACAACCCCCAAGUUCUCAGCACCGUUCACAAAGCCUACCACCACCAGCUGGAAAUGAGAGGUCAGCGUUGCCUCUGCAGGCAGCAUCAGAUUGUUUCUCUCCUCUGUCUCGGCCCUGGGCUAGGUGUGUGCAUACUGUGGAUGCAAAGAUUGACACUGAUCUGCAGCAGAAGAAAGAUCUGAAUUUCACAUCACUUACAGAUGAAGCUUGCACAUCAAAAGCCAGCACCGUUGUGAACAAUGACCGGGAGCUGUUGCUCUUAAGUGGAGAUGAAAUAAGCCUGUUCCAAUCAAACCUGGAGGAUGUAGAAAGGCUGUUUUGUUUUUUAUUCCCCUUUUAUUUAAAUUAUUGAAAUCCACUCUUGUGCACAGACCCAGCCUAAAGUGUCUGUGUCACUUAUAUCCCCUGAAAAAGGGCUUUGCCUUUUCUGCCGGGUUCUUGUGCUGGUCAUUUGCACAGUGGUGGUUUUCUGCUCCUCCUGAGGUUUUCUGUCAGCCCUGAUAAGGUUCUGCAGCAGGCAGCUUUCUUAAGUGGGUAAUGCUAAAGUCAAAAAGGCGGCACUGAAAUUCGGCCUUGGCUGCAAGCUUGCCUUCCUUUCGUUAACUCCUAAGUGCCAUCUGUCGUAAAGACAAAGCAGAGCUGAAAAAACAGUACACUGAAAUUUAGGAGCAGCGUGCUUUGUCCUAUUAAGAUGCUAUUUAUCCAGUUUCUUUAUCCAGGUUUCUUUUAAACAAUAUUACCUUAAGUCUUCUGUCCUGAAUCAAAAAUUUCCUGCAGACAUUUGUAUGGCUAACUUUAAGAAGGUACUCGAAAAUGUGUGUAAAUGGGGUAAAAAAGGAUUUGGGCAUACUCCUUUCUUGGCUUGGAGCAUAAUUCUGAAUAUUCCCAAAAUAACAUCAAAGGCAGUUCAGAAAAGAUUCUGGCAUCCUAGAGUUCCCCUCUUCUGUCCAUGUUUCCUCCUGCAGCAAGCGUUAGUAUCCUUAUUUAAAGUGUUUGUAUGGCACAGGGGUUUAUACCAGCCAGCUUUGGCAAAAGCAUAUUAGUCAUAGACAGAUCAAAGUUUGUUUUUGGGUGAGUUUCUUUUACCCCAUCAAGCCUUUGGCAGGACUGGCCUUACCUUCAGUUGGAAAAGAUGGGGCUGCACAUUCAGUAGGCAGAACAAGCAAGGAGCCAUAAACUGCAACCCCUCGUUCCUAAAUAAAGUCAAAGCCCCUGCAGCUGGGAUGUAAGGGGAUCCCUUAAGAGAUCCCUUAACAGGAUGUAGCUGAGCUCUGUCGCUGCUUUAACAAGUCAAUCUUGGGCUUGCCAGGGCAAGUAUAGAAAACACUGUACAGAUUUUGAGUCAGGAGAGAGCUCAUCCUGUGCAAUAUGGUCACGAUCCAUGCCAGUAGUCCGUUAUUUAUACAUUUAUGACUAUGUGAUGCUCAGUAGGCCACUCAUAAGUGCAUUAUGAUUCCAGGGAUGUAUCCUAAAAAGUCAGGGAGAUAACUUAUGAGAUGACAGAAGGAAACUGCUCCGGUGCAGUUACACUGCUGUCACUUUAGUUCUUAAACUAUAAUUUAAACUAUUCUUGGCUGUGUACAGGCAUUGUGAAGAGCACUUCUGGCUUGUUUUCCUCCUUGCUUACUCACUGCACAUUUGCAAAGAGUUUCUUUAAAACUAACUAGGUGACAAUCACACAAAAACUGAUUUGGUUACUGAUACAGGUGUGAUUCUCCAGGUGGGGUUUUGUUUCAUGCUAUGGGUCAGCAAGAUGUGAGUAGGGAUGCCAAAUAUCACCUAUACAAAACAGUACAGGCUACUUAGGUCCUAUUGCAGAUAAGCCACAUUACAAAGAACUUAUUUUGACAGAAGCAUGAAACAGAGAGGGAACAAAAGCUGAAGGCACAAUCUGAAUAUUGUACUAGCAGAUCUUUGCAUAUAAUGAGUAAUACAAAAAAAAAGUACUCUGUUUUAGAAGGUAGAAUGUGUUAAAAUACUCUCUUCUUAAAAAUAUAUAUUUUUGGAUGCUUGGGAAAGUAUUUUGACAAUUGUAGUCUUACCUGCCAUUAGAUUUUUCAGGUGUCAAAAGUCUCAGAAAGAAAAUUUUAUUUUCUUCCAGCAUUUGGAUUUCUCCUAGGUGUUUUGUGUUAAGUGUUCUCAUGUUGCUAGGGCUAACUGGGGGGGGAAAAAGUAAGAAACAUGUUCCUUUUCAAUUUUUAAUUAAGAUGUUAAGAAUACAAAACAGUUGCUGCUUCACUUCCACUCCGCUGCUGCUCAUUAAUGUAUAUUUAACAUCGCUUCAGGGUUUUGUCCCAGAAAAACGUUAGGCUUGAUCUGCCUGAAGUGGGUGCAAGUCUUCUUACCAUAACUGUGAGCUGCUUCGGAUCCUAAGAGUUCAACUAGGGUGUAGAAGGCAAACAGCAGUUCCUAGAUUUGUCCUCUUUUCCCAAUUAAGGAAUAAAGCUGAAAACCUGCCAAGAAUAAACUGUUCUUCCAGUAUUUCCAUCAACUGUAACUUAAAAGGUUGGACUAGAAAAAGACAUGGAUCAAACUCUAGCACAGCAAUUGCUGAUGGGAUGGCACUCAGCAGCCAGAGGGGCAGAACUGGCACAUUUGACCAAGCUCAGAUUUGACCAAGUCUUUGCAAAGGGCCUGUACCCCUGGACUUGAUAUCUCCCUGUGCUGAAGUAGCUGGGGGGAGACCGCAGCUCGUCCCACCCCUGUUGACUCGAGCUCUGCUAUGGAUAACUUUCUAGCUUAAUACAGAUCCCAGGUCUAGAGUUUCAUGAACUUACCUUACAUUUUGUGCAGUGGUAGCUACAGCUAAAUGCUUAAAUAGUCUGAGCACGGGGCCAGGUCCUCAGCAAGUGUAAAUUGCCCCUGUAUACUCAAAUCAACAGAGCUUUGCCUCUUUACAUAAACUGAGGAUGCAGGUCAUAACUUCAGAGGGAAAAAAAAGAAUCAUUUCCCUUUUCACUCAGUCUGAACAGUGUCAGAAAGAACAGGCAGCUGAUGUUAAGAGCCUCCUUUCUUCCUAUUGUUAGCUUCUAGUAUCAAUGUUACUCUGAAAAUGACGAUUUACAUCACCAGACAAGCAGUUGUUUAAAUAAUUCUGCAGGAAUUGUUCUUUGUGAAGGCAAUGAGAGGUAAUUCUGCAAAACGAAGAGGCUACAAGAGAUGCUAGAACGCUACUGCUCAGUGUAGUAUUUUGUAUCCACAGCCUUGAGUCCCUGGGGUAACAAUAUCCUAAGGACUUUGGCGUUGUAACCGUUCCCUGUGUGCUCACCACAGCUCUUGGGGAGAAGAGGUCAGAGGACGGGGAAGGGGCUGCCUGGGACGCUGUGACACACUCAGCCUUCCCACUUAGCUGCUGAACUGGGAACAAGGGGUUGGAGACUUCUCCCUCUGGGUCCUCAAGAACGCCUGACCCAGAGCCCAGGGACACAAACAGGAAGAUUUCUCCUAAUUUCCCCAGGCUUGGGAUGAAGCCCCACAAAUCCUGGUCCUACCAGAGGCUCCCACCCCUCACCUGCCUUUGGCUUCACAAGGAAUACAGGGGAGCCGGACAUCAAUUUGGGGUUGAGCCCUCCCAGUCCUGAUCUGAGCAAUGCAUAAGAGUGGGGUGAGAGUCUGAUUAUAUUCAUGAUCAUUUCAAAAAGAGCAAUGCUAAAUAGCUGAGUUAGGCCAUAAUUAGAUAAAUCUCAUUAAAACCCAGAGCUGGAAAUUUGUUUGCAAUGCUUCACAACUUAAAGUGCGUUGAAAUUCCAUAAGAAAUGUAUUGUUUAGAAAGGAAAGUUUAAUAGUUAAACCACAGAAGUGCUUAAAUAUAGGGGAAAUUAUUUGAACUUCAAAAAUAGAUGUGCAGAGAUGGUGGGAGCAAACAUGCUUAAAACGGUGAAUGAAUUAAAAAAAAUUAGGUGUGAUUGGUUGCAUCACUAAAUUGUUAUCUAGUUCUCACCACUUCCUCAAAAAUUCAUUCCCUGGGGAAUAUCCAGGAACCAUACACACAACAUCACAAAAUACACAGCCAGUUCCUUUCUAUUUCUUCCUAUUGAAAUGUAUUUUCUGAAGUUUCUCUCUGUGGACAGUUCUUAAAACUUGAUGUUAUCAGUGCAUACUUUUUUUUUCCAUUUUAAACCUAUUGUAUCAUUCUGUUUAUUAUGUUUUUUAGUGUGAGCAGAUUGUAUUUAUUUGAGAAAAAUGUUUGCUGUUAAAAAAACAAUAAUUGUAUUGCCAAAAAUAGCUGUAAUUACCUGUGACAUCUGUAUUUUUUUUUUAUUUUGAGGGGUUGGUUGUUUUUAAUCUCACCUUCAAGUGCUAACAACUGUUAAAACAACCACUGCGUUUUAAUUUGCUUAUUACAUUAAAUGGAUUUCUCUGAAGUCAGACAAAAAUGCCUCAUAGAUGAUUUAAUAAAGAUGUCAUGCUCCCAUGCCUGGC